GCACUUCUCCGUAACAAACUGUAUGUACAUUUGUGUCUAUUUUGUUUCUUCACUCAUAAACUUCCAAACUUACAUCAUCACGCUCACCCUCUCUCUCUCUCUCUCUCUCGAGAAUUCAAAAACCCUCUCUCUCUCCCCCUCCCUCUGCACACAACUCCUCUGUAUCUACACCUGUCUGUGACUACAAUUUCUCGAGAUUUUCACCACUGAUACACACAUAUGUACAUGGUGUAUGUAUUGUAUGCAUGAGUUUGCUGUCGAUACAUAACUACUCGCCGGAAAGUAUGGAGACAAUGACGGCGAUUACCGAAUCGGAUCUCGGAGAGACUGUUCGGAGAAGAAUUAGUGCGCCGGAGAGUGAUCGGAGUCGGAUCGGAGACGCGCCGGAGUUCAGAAACGGCGCGAAUGAUAGGAAGGAGAUAGAGGAUAAGGAUGAUAAGGAGAAGGAGGAGAUUCAGAACUUCGCGCUCCGGCCGUCGGCGCCGGCGCAUAGGAGGAUUAAAGAGAGUCCUCUUAGCUCUUCUUCAAUAUUUAAGCAGAGCCACACGGGUAUCUUCAACCUCUGUAUAGUAGUGCUUGUUGCAGUAAAUAGCAGGCUUAUCAUUGAGAAUCUGAUGAAGUACGGAUUAUUAAUUAGUUCGGGUUUUUGGUUUAGCUCAAGAUCCUUGAGAGAUUGGCCCCUUCUUAUGUGCUGUUUGAGCCUAGGGAUUUUUCCGCUGGCUGCUUUUCUUGUGGAAAAGCUGGUACGUAAAAAGUAUAUCAAUGAAAAGAUUGCAGUCGCUUUUCACAUAACAAUAACUACAACUGCACUAUUGUAUCCUGUCUAUGUGAUUUUAAGGUGUGAUUCUGCUGUUCAAUCAGGUCUCAUAUUAAUGUUAUUUUCUUGCAUUGUGUGGUUAAAGCUGGUAUCUUAUGCACAUACUAAUUAUGACUUGAGAGCACUAGCAAACUCUGGUAAGGGUAAAUUUUUGUCUAGUAUGUUGAAUGAGGACUAUUCAGACCAAGUUAGCUUUAAGAGCUUGGCAUACUUCAUGGUUGCUCCUACGUUAUGCUACCAGUUAAGCUAUCCCCGGACCACAAGUGUUCGAAAGGGCUGGGUUCUACGCCAAUUCCUCAAGUUGGUAGUAGUUACUGGGCUUAUGGGGUUCAUUAUAGAACAAUACAUUAAUCCAAUUGUCAAGAAUUCUGAACAUCCUCUUAAAGGGGACAUUUUGUAUGCUGUGGAGCGAGUUCUGAAGCUUUCUGUCCCUAAUUUAUAUGUUUGGCUGUGCUUGUUUUACUGUUUUUUCCACCUGUGGUUGAACAUUCUUGCCGAGAUUCUUCGUUUUGGUGAUCGUGAGUUUUACAAAGAUUGGUGGAAUGCAAAAACUGUGGAAGAGUAUUGGAGAAUGUGGAAUAUGCCUGUUCAUAAAUGGAUGGUCCGACAUAUAUAUUUCCCCUGCUUAAGGAAUGGCAUACCUAAGAGCAUUGCUAUUGUAAUUGCUUUCCUCGUUUCUGCUGUUUUCCAUGAGCUAUGUAUUGCUGUUCCCUGCCACAUAUUCAAGUUUUGGGCUUUCAUUGGAAUAAUGUUUCAGGUGCCGUUGGUGGUAAUCACAAAGUACGUGCAUGAUAAGUUCAGGAACUCAAUGGUGGGCAACAUAAUCUUUUGGUGCUUUUUUAGCAUCUACGGCCAGCCUAUGUGUGUUCUAUUAUACUACCAUGAUGUAAUGAACAGAAAAUUGAAUGCUAGUGGAACUUAUUUAUAAAACUGUACCAUACAAGAAACUAAUCGUCCAUAAAAGUCUUGGCUCUGUGUCUACUGAUUAUACUGCACCAACAAUAUACUGGGCAGGCGCCGGAGAUAUAUGAUCCAAACCCCUCACUGCAUCGUUGCUCGAGGACACCAACCUUCACUCAAAUUGUACACAUGCAGUUUUGUCACCGAGGGUUAAUCAUAUACUACCACCUCCAUGGCUGUAACUCUGUCAGAAUAGCUCUUCGAGGUCUAAUGAUUGUAUAUUUAUAAUGCAAAUGUAUAGAUAAAUAUUAGAGUAAUAUCAGUUUUCUAGAUUAUCUGUAAUAUUCAUUCGUAAACGAAAAACAGUCUUUACAUU